ACUCGCUGUAUCUGAUUUCAACGUAGAGGUACCUGACUUAUCGCAUCAUACAAUUCAGUCUUGUUUUGCUCAUGAGUUUUGAUUUUUAGCGGGUUCUUCCGAUUUUCUCUCUACAAGUUACUUCUUUCAUAUUUUCUAUAGCAGGCAACCGCGGACUCGACACUCAAAUGCCUUCAGCCAUCGUCAGCAAUGGCACUGGCCAUCAUGAUUCACUCUGUGAUAGGAGAAACGACACAUAUGAGUCAACUCUCCAAAGUGACUCAAUUCCUCCUCAUCCACUAGGGCUCAAGCCAUUAGGCAACCAGUAUUUCUUCACGGGUCGCAAUGCGAGGCGCUCAAUUGGGAGCUGGAGACUUCUGCCAGACGAGGUUAUCUCGCUUGUACUAGAGCAGUUUGAUGCUGUGGCUCUCCUGAAGCUUGGCCACACCUGCAAAUUCUUAUACGCCUUUUGCCACUCCGAUGAAUUUUGGAAGCCUAUCUUUCUCCAGUCACCACCACCAGACAGCAAGGAUAUACGAUGGCAAGGAUCAUGGAGAUCAACUGUUUUAGGUUUGCCCAGUGACCAAGGGACCAGAAUUGACUGCAGCAAUGUCUUUUCAGAUGUCCUUCACCGGCCAUUUGCCUGCAGUCAUGUCAUCCUUAACCGUUUCACCUCGCAUAUUCCCAAGGCAAACCAGAUCCGUCGCUUCGAGAACCUGACUUACGAUCAGUAUGCUGAGAAAUGGACUGAGCAGCCAUUUGUGCUUACCAAAUGCAUUCAGGAAUGGCCAGUAUAUGAGGAGUGGACUAUCGAUAGCAUGCUCCAGAUGUUUGCUGAGGUCGAGUUUCGUGCUGAGGCUGUUGACUGGCCAUUCGCAACCUACCACACAUACAUGAAGAACAACAGCGACGAAAGCCCUCUGUAUCUCUUUGAUCGGAGAUUUGCAGAAAAGAUGGGGAUCAGAGUCGGUAAGAAGCCAGGCGCUGCAUACUGGAGACCAGACUGCUUUGGCCCUGAUCUAUUCGAGGUUCUUGGAGAUGAACGCCCUGCCCAUCGAUGGCUGAUUGUCGGUCCUGAGCGAAGUGGCUCAACCUUCCACAAAGACCCUAACGCAACGAGUGCUUGGAAUGCUGUAAUUCAAGGAUCCAAGUAUUGGAUAAUGUUCCCACCAGCUACACAGGUGCCCGGUGUUUAUGUUUCCGAUGACAGCAGCGAAGUCACCAGUCCCCUUAGCAUUGCUGAGUGGCUUCUCACUUUUCAUGAAGAAGCACGGCAGCUUCCUGACUGCGUUGAGGGUAUUUGCGAAGCGGGAGAGAUUAUUCAUGUUCCCAGCGGAUGGUGGCAUCUGGUGGUUAAUCUCGAGAGCGGCAUUGCACUUACGCAGAACUUCGUGCCACAGAGCUUAAAUCUUGUAUCAGAAGUUGUUUCCUUCUUGCGAGACAAGGCUGACCAGGUCAGUGGAUUCGAUGAUAAAGUCGCGGAUCCUUUUAGACUCUUCGUGGAGAGAAUGAAGAGCAGCUAUCCAGAAGUUCUGGACAAAGCCCUGGACCUGGCCGAUAAGAAGAGCGGGAAAAAACGUAAAUGGGAUGCUGCUGUUGGUGGAAUAGAUGAUGAACAAGAGCAGGAAGGAGGUGAUGGUUUCAGUUUUGGUUUCGGGGGCGAUGGUGAUGAUGAUGAAAUACCCUAGAAAGACUCACCCUUUCUACCCUUGCAAUUCAAUCCAAGUUGGCGACUUAUGACUCCUUUCUUAGUAGCGAAAUAUGAGGGAGUCAGCAGAAGCAAGCCCCCCUAUCUUGCAAGAUAUAACAUCAGGAGCUGUGAUACGCUCGGCAACCUUCGAAUAGUCACUAGAGUUGCCGCUAUGAGCCUGAUGUAAUUGGGCAAUUGACAGUCGGUAGAUGGCAUGUUUGAACAGAAGCCAGAGAGCUUCCAGAGAAGCUUUGGGUCUUUCUUGGUUAUCCUGGUAUUUAGUAUCUUACCUCCAGGUUUACGGAAAUGAAAAUUGAAAAGGGUUUUGAUGGUGAAAAUAAAACCUACCAACCCAGAGACCGCUGGAACUGAUGGUGUUGAAGACGACCACCUGGGAAGGCAUGGGCUUAGUAAGAAGCAUGGGUCUUUUUCCAAUCAGAACCUUUGACGACAACCUGUUCAUGGUUUGGUUGCUUUGGCAGUUAAAUAAUGAACGACACUCUGUCCAAUGAUUGAGUUUAGGCAUGUUGCAUGAACGUGGCGCCUGAGAGACAGGGAAGAGUGAGCAAACGGAAUAGUCAAGUGCGUACGGACAGAAUGUGUUAUUUAUUAGAACUGAAACAUCCAUACUUGUUGUUCCGAUUAGACUCUUACUCAGCAGCAGAAUCACUCAAUCAGGGUAUGUGAUACUUUCUUUUUGUCUUUGAAAACACUACUAAGAUCUAGGUAGUGACAUGACCUUGCCAAAACGGAGGAAAGGAGAGGUUCUCUGUCCCUAAAAUUUGUGUUCUACUAUAGUUGUAUACCUUGUUUCGUACUAGGAGCCGACUUUAUCGUGUCUGUCAUGACCAAGAAAGAAAAGAAAAGAAAAGAAAAAAAAAAAAGGAAAAGAAGAAAAAUGCCCCAUGAACUAAAAUAGCAACUAAGAUGGCUUUGAUCACAUGUGGUAAACGUGAGAGCAGACAGUCAUCGCCGAAUACGUGAUGGAAUGUAGGACUGGGCUAACUUGGCUGAAUGAGUGCCCAGCUAGAAGUAAGGCGACUGAAAGUUUAAACAACAGGACAAU